UUGGUCAUAUCGAGACGGCCGGGUGGGGCGAGGCGACGAGCUCUCUCUCUCUCUCUCGCUCGCUCGCUGGCUCGCCGUUCUCUGGCUUUUAAAGGAGAGAAGGCGGACGGUAAAAAAAGCUCUCGCUGGCUCUAUUUCGUACCCUUGAAGGCUCGGGCUUCUUUUAUCGCUGUCGCUUCAUUAGAAGGAUUUUGUCUUCCUCUUCCCCUCGAGCGAGCGGGUGAUCUCGGAAAGUCUUUUGGGUUGCUACAGGGGGCUGGCCGAGAGAGUGGUCCUAACUUUGUACAUGUUUGUCGGAUCAAAAUGAUGGCAAAUUUUGUUACAAGAUCCUUAGCGUUGGUUCUUGGCUAUGCUUAUCCGGCAUAUGAAUGCUUCAAAACUGUGGAGUUGAACAAGCCGGAGAUUGAGCAGCUGAGAUUCUGGUGUCAGUAUUGGAUCUUAGUCGCUGCGCUGACCAUCUUUGAGAGGGUUGGAGAAUCUUUUAUUUCAUGGUUACCAAUGUACAAUGAGGCAAAGCUGGCAUUCUUUGUAUAUCUUUGGUACCCGAAAACAAAGGGAACUGCAUAUGUCUAUGAAACUUUCUUUCGGCCAUAUGUUGCGAAGCAUGAGAAUGAAAUAGAUCGUAACUUGCUUGAGCUGAAAACAAGAGCUGGGGAUAUUGUUGUCCUUUAUUGGCAAAAGGCUGCAAGCUAUGGCCAGACAAGGUUUUUUGAAAUCUUGCAGUAUGUUGCUUCGCAGUCACCCUCGGAAUCAUCAAGAUCACGCCCUGUUCAGCCACGGCAGCAGCCUCAGCAGAUCCGUAGAACGACAUCUACGGCAGCUGCUCGCCAACCAGCAGUCUCACAACAGGAACAACAGCAGACUUGUGCACCACCCAGCCCCACCAAGAGCCAAGUGCAGGAACCGAUAAAGGCAGGUGUCCCACCACCAGCCCCUCCAGUUGCCCAGCCGCCAACUUCAUCAGCAGUUACCAGCUUACCCACUUCUGAAGCCACUGCAUCUCCCACUGCUUCAACAGGUGACGGAGAAGCAAUGCAGAUCGAAACCGCUAAUGCUGCAUCCAAGGAAGACACAAAUCCUCCUGCACAAGAGACUCUCAUGGAAGAGUCGAUUCGCAUAACCCGUGGCAGGUUGAGAAAAAGAGCUGCUACUGCUGGUCCCUCAAUUCGUUAGCAGCAUCUCAUGCCUGCUAUCUAAGUAUUUCCUUGGGCUUUGCUUGUUUGUUGGUGGAGAGAUGAGAUUGAUUUCAUCAACACAUGUAAAUAACCUAGAACAAGGUGGAGAUGCAUGGUAUAUAGGCAAGCAUCUACUUGAUGAUUUUAGAGGGUGAAUGAUGUCUGGUGGCAGUGUUGAUGAUAUCUAUGCACUUAACUCAUUGGUUUUGAAUGAACUGCAUUUGGAUA